AUGUCCGGAAGAGGCAAAGGCGGUAAAGGACUCGGAAAAGGAGGCGCUAAGCGUCAUCGUAAGGUUCUGCGUGAUAACAUCCAGGGUAUCACCAAACCCGCCAUCCGUCGUCUCGCUCGCCGUGGUGGUGUCAAGCGUAUCUCCGGUCUGAUCUACGAAGAGACCCGCGGUGUGUUGAAGGUGUUUCUGGAGAAUGUUAUCCGUGACGCCGUCACCUACACCGAGCACGCCAAGAGAAAGACCGUCACCGCUAUGGAUGUCGUGUACGCGCUGAAGAGACAGGGACGCACACUGUACGGUUUCGGAGGUUAAACGAGUAAAAGGAAAAAACAAAACCCAACGGCUCUUUUAAGAGCCACCCAAACUUUCAUCUAAAGAGCUGAACCUUAAAGUGACAUUUCUUAAUUUUAAAUGUUUAAUGUGGUUCAUUGAGAUGCGUUUUUCAUAAAACGUACACUUUCUGACACUGAUAAUUUUUGAUGUUUGUGGUAAACUGUUUUUUUUUUUAAAACUGUGUGUUUGGUAUCAUUGAGCACAAAUACGUAAUGUUAUUGUUUCUUUAUUCCUCUUUGCGAUU